AGAAAGAAAAAAUUAUUAUUGAUAAAGCUAAAGAAUGGAUUAAAAAUUGGGUGGGUGAAAAGAAAGAUAUGUUUGAUAAAGCUAGAAAAUGGGUUAAAAGUUUGGUGGCAAUUAGUUUAAAAUCAUUACGAAUAGUGGUUUUAAUGUUUCCUGAAAUUUAUUAUAUAAUAUCCGGAUUUGUAGCAUUACAACAACGAUCAAUAUUACAUGGCAUCAUAAACUUAUUUCAUAGGAUUUUUAGGAUUGGCACAAUGUUAUUAAUCUCUUUAAGAAUUCUUCUGGGGUGCAUUAAUGUCGUUUGUCUUGAUUUCGCAGCACAGGAUGACAGAUUGAAAGAGAUAAAGUCAUUAAUAUGUGGCAAAGAAG